AUGAAUGGCUGCAUCCAAGCCCUCGCGCUCAUCUUCGCCUUUGCACAGAUUGUUGCCGAUGAACUGGAAACAUCGACGACGGAUAUCCCGAUCAUCAAUGUGGCGGACCGGGGAGAUGAGGCGAACACCCUCUGGUGUCCCACCGCAUCCAUCGGCAACAAAUGUCCUGAACCGGACCUCUUUUCCUACAACAAAUGCUGCGGGCCGACGAACAAGGACUGUUGCUCACAUCUGAGGGUGUCGAUCGUAGUCUUGCCAGUAGCCUGCCUAUUGCCGUUCGUUACUAUGCUGCUCUACCGUUUUUGCUGUCGGCCGCCGCCCAGUGGCUAUACGCCUGGGGUGAGACAGAAUCCGACAGUCUCGUUCCAGGCUGCUAACUCUUCAAUCAACGUCCCCUCACAGACAUCGCAAGCCAAUGAACCAAGCACUUUA